AUGUCUUCAACUGUAGUGCCCAAAGAAGACCCCAACAUUGAUCCCUAUCUCUCUAUCGGAUUCAUCCAAAACCCCGACGGCUCCUCCGAUCCGGCGAGUCUCCUUCCAGUCCUGAGCAAGGACAUUCCCAUCAACCAAGAAAACAACACGUGGGCGCGACUUUAUCUACCCCGGCAGUCGGAAUCCACCGACGCUACGACGGACAAACUGCCCAUUGUAAUUUACUACCAUGGUGGAGGCUUUGUUACAUGCACUGCAGCCACAACGUACUUCCACAAGCUUUGCUUUGAAAUUACGAGUGAGAUUCCGGCGGUGAUUGUGUCGGUGGAGUACCGUCGGGCGCCGGAGCACCGUCUGCCUGCCGCCUACGACGACUGCAUGGAAGCGCUGCAUUGGGUCAGAACAACCGAUGAGGAGUGGUUGACCAGGUAUGCUGAUUAUUCGAAGUGUUUUCUCAUGGGCAGUAGCGCCGGGGGGAAUAUAGUGUACCAUGUGGGUUUGCGUGCGGUGGCGUGCGUUGAACGAUUGAUGCAUCUAAAGAUCCAAGGGUUGAUAUUGCAUCACCCGUUUUUUGGUGGGGUGGAGAGGACUCGAUCAGAAAUCAGGUUGGCCAACAACAAGGCGUUUCCGACGUCCGUGGCGGAUAUACUGUGGGAUCUAGGAUUGCCGAUUGGCGUCGACCGUGAUCACGAGUACUCUAAUCCAAUGACUGCUGUUAGAUCACAUGCUUUGGACAAGGUGAGGGAUCAAGGGUGGAGAGUGUUGGUGACGGGAUGUGACGGGGACCCACUGGUGGAUCGACAAAUGGGACUUGUCAAAAUGUUAAAAGAGAAGGGGGUGAAUGUGAUUGGUGAGUUCAGUGACGGAGGGUUUCAUGGAGUUGAGUUUGGUGAUGACUCCAAAGCUAAAAUCCUCUAUGGUGUUGUGAAGAAUUUUGUACUUUCUUCGUAA